UGAAACUUGUAACUUAAAACUUGAAACUUAAUUUUCAACGAAACAAGUCAUAGUUUUUUUUAAUUUUGCGCCAUCUUGAAUUUUCAAGUAAUUUGCUUCAAGUGAAAUACUGACGGUCUAGGAAUGAACGUGGAAACUAGAAUAAGACAAAAUGCCGAUUCCUCGAAACAGGUAUCAACUAGACAAGCUGUUCUAACAGUGACAGUAAUCUUUGUUACAUCGUUAUCAGCAUUGUUCUAUGUGUACACUAGUUUUCCAGAACUUCCAGAAAAUGAACGACAACAUAUGAAGUUACCAUUGCAUAUCGAAGAUGCUAAAAAUCUGGGAAAACUUUUAGGACGAUAUAAAGAUCUCUAUUACUUUGAAGUAUUAACAGGAGUGUUUACGACCUACAUUUUCUUACAAACCUUUGCAAUUCCAGGUUCUAUUUUUCUAUCCAUCCUUUCAGGAUUUCUUUUUCCAUUUCCUCUAGCAUUAUUUCUAGUAUGCACCUGCAGUGCAAUAGGAGCCUCAUUGUGUUAUCUUCUAUCAUCGCUUCUAGGAAGGAAAUUACUCUUUAAGUAUUUUCCUACAAAAGCAAGAGAAUGGACACAAACAGUGAAGAAACAUAGACAUCAUCUUUUCAAUUAUAUGCUGUUUCUUCGGAUGACUCCGUUACUUCCAAACUGGUUCAUUAAUCUUGCUAGUCCUAUAAUUGGAGUGCCUAUUACACCUUUCACAUUGGGCACAUUUUUUGGAGUAGCACCACCAUCUUUUGUUGCAAUACAAGCAGGCCAGACACUGCAAAAUCUAACAUCAUCGACAGAUGCAUGGUCUUGGAAUAGUAUUUUAAUAUUGUGUGUCUUUGCAGUACUAUCACUAGUACCUGUUUUAUUUAAGAAAAAAUUAGAAGAAAAGUUUGAUUAAGCAUUAGGAAUGAAUUUAAGAAAUGAUUUAUUUAUUCAGAAAGCAUGCACUUAUUUACACGUGCGGUAUGCUGAGUAUUAUACAAAAAAAUAUUGAAACCCAAUUUAGUCUUAAUUCUGUUAUGGAUAUUGAAUCAAUUUCUAUGUGAUUCAAGAUUUCGUUAGAUAAACUAUAAAUAACAUUCCUCGGUUUAAUAAAUAGUGACAAUUGAGGAACAUAAUGGAAAACAUUCACAUGUCAUGGGACUAUAAACUUAGAGGAAAACAAACUUUAAGAAAUAUAAUUUCGUCAGGAAAUACUUGAAUCAAAAUUCAUGUUAUUUGAAGCUUUCUAUUGCAUUUUAUUUUAAAUAAAGUAUUGAUUCAAUAGCUCUUAUUUAUUAUUAUUUUGGUUAUUUGAAUCAUUUUGAAAUGCUAUUACUACAUAUUGCAAUAUGUAACGUAUAUAUAUGUCUAUAUAUUGUUACAUACGUUUAGUAAAUAAUAAAGGGUUGUAUAAAAUAAUUAGUUAACAACGUUCGUCCUUUAUGAGACAGCAGUAUAAAUUUCUUUUCUAUAAGAAAACAUACCUGUGACAGUGUUAUAAGUUAUCAGAAAGGACGUUCAAUCGCAACGUCCACUUGACAGUACAAAAAACAAAAAUCUGUAGAUAUACAGCAAGUCCCCGUUUUCCAUUGAGACCUCAAAUAUUUGAACUUAUAAUUAAAAAAUUAAAAAUCACGUUACACGUUAUAAUUUUAUAAAUAGUUCUAGUUCUAUUAGAUUGUUUAUAUUUUUCUAGAUUAUUUUAUUACCUCUAAUACAUUGAUUAAAUUUUCUUUCUUACUGCAAUUGUUGAAAAACGUCACAUCUAGAAAAUCUGCACAAAUUAAAUUCAUAUAGCCAUUACAUUUUAAUGUAUACACAAUCUUUAUUUAUAAAAUGUUGCACAGAAAUAUUUAUCAUAAAACCUACUUUAAUUAACAGGAAUAAAAUUAAAAAAUGAAAUUAUUAUACAAUUGUGAAAAAAUUCUUUAAUAAUGUAUUUAUUUAAAUUGACCAGAAGUAAUCUUUUAUUUGUCACAGUUAAAUUCUUAGAAUUAGAAUACAUCCAUACUUGCAGCUGAAAUUACUUAUGUUACUACCUAAUAAUUAUACAAAAAUAAUUUAGAUUCUGUAAAAUAUUUAGCAAAAAGAAAUCAUAUAACUAAGGGAUACAUUAGUAGAAUUUAAAGCUGGAAGGCUAAUUGGUCGCCAAUACCACCAAUUGUACCAUACUGAAAAAAAAUAAAGUUUAAAUAGUAAAACAUUGUAAUAAAAUUUAUAAUAACAAUUGAAAAAUAAUUUCAAGUAAAUGUAAAUAAAUGUUAAAAAUAUAUAACAUUGAAAAUAAAAAUAUAAUUACUUUAAUUAUACAAUGAAAUUAUCAAAUUAAGAUACAUACAAAUCUUCCCAGCAGAUAAUAAUACUAUGAAAGAUUCACAUGACCCACUGCAUUCAGGACUUGCUACCAUUUUUAUUAAUCUUGAACCAGUCGUACAUCUUAGUACUACAUUGCUGCACUCAGGGUUCGGCUGUUAAUUUAGAAGUAUAAUGUGUUCAAUGGAAAGAUAAUUUUAUAAAAUUAAAAAUUUUAAAUUGUAUUAACAGAAAAAAAUGGUUAUUUUCUUGAGAGCAUAAAUUAUAUGAACACUGAUAUAAUAGAUGUAAGUAACAUGUAUAAACAUGAAAUAGUAUUUUUUAUCUUUAGAGUAGGUACAAGCAAUAAUUUUUCGUAUGAAAGAAAAAUUAUAAUAAAUAUUACCAAAGCAUAUGGUGGAGAUUUUUGUUCAUCAAAAAAAAUAAAUUUUUCUGUACUUUGUUCCCACCAAAUUGGUGUAUCCACAGGUAUAGGAAAUAGUUUUCUUAAAAUUCGUCCUGCAGUCAUACGAUUAAUUCUCCAAGUAAUAUGAUUAUCUAAGUUUUCUGACAAGCAUAAAUCCGUCUUACUUUUCAUAACAUCUCGAAUAUGUCUGAAAUGUCAUUCCUUUAUUUAAAAAUAGUUUUUUUAAUAUAUUUAUCAUAAUUUUGAUGUCAUGUUUUAUAUUAUAAAAAUACCUGUAAGUUAAAUUAUUAGACUGUACUUUCAUAGCAUCCCUCUCAAAUACAUCAAAAUUUUCCCAAAAUAACUGCUUUACAUCUUUUAAAGAAAUUUCAGAUAAAUUUUCUGUUUUUGUAUAAGGAAUUCCAGGAUUGAAGGAUCUAGAUAUCUGGUGACCAGUUAAAUCAGGUACAAAGUGUACAACACUACAGGGCCAACAGUCAAUAUCAUUUACGUAAAAGUACGGAUUUUCCAAUAUACACCAUUCAUCAUAAAAUUCUAAAAAGAAUAUAAAUUAAAUAAACUAUUAAUUACAGCAUUAUAUUAAUAUUAAUAUCAUAUGAAAUUUGUUUUUCGUGUGCUUUGAUAACACAUUAAUAACAAAUGUGUUAGCAUUCUUAUUGUUACCUAUAAGAAACUUUAUAUUUAAAGAGACAGUAAGAUAUGAAAUAAGACUAUAGAAACAUUGAUUCAUAUAAAAUUAUUGUAAAGUAAAUUACAAUAUAAGAACACACCAGAUAAAGAAGGAUAAUGUUGAAUUACAGGCACAGCUAUUUUUCUAAGUAACUUUAAACCUGGGUAAAUAGAAUUUUGCAAAUUUCUCAUUAUCAUAACUGCAAUGAAUCGCUGAUCAAAACAAACAAAACAUACAAUUAUCACAAAUAAAAUUGUAGUUAUUAAUUUUAUACAAUAAGAUACACCACGUUGUUCUGUACUUGCUUCAAGAAUUCGAAAUGAUCUUGUUAACAUUUUGUCAAUAUCACUUUCAGAAAUAUUAUUUUCGCGCGCAUUUUGACGAAUUUUUUCUAGUUCAGUUUCAUAUGUUUCCAAAUUAACCAUUUUUUUCAAUUGCAAAAUAGAAAGGGUAUUAUCGUGAUCGAAAAUUCUAAUUUUAUUUGUAAAAAUGUUAAAUGUACAAACGAAUAUAUGCAAAGGUCAACUAUAUAUUCAAAGUUUAAAAAUAUUUUAUUUAAAUCUGAAGUAUAUAUGCGGAUGUACUUUCGGAAUAAACAAUGACAAAUACACGUGCUGCUGACAGUUUGUCAACAUACUGUAGAUGGUGCUACAAUCUUUUUGUUCACAUUCUUCUUACAUAGAUAUAAAAAACAAAUAUUAUUUGAAAAUGUGACGACUGCCGAUUGUUAAUACACAAGAAAAUUUCGGUGCGUUUAACGAGAAAUAUUGAUCAAAACGUGCACUACUGAAUAUCAUAACUUAAAGCAAACUUCUGCUUUGGUAUGUAAAUUAAUGUUGUCAACCGUCGGCAUUCUUCGCAUGCAAAAAUGAGUUUCGUAUUAUAAGUAUACGUAUAUGUAAGAAAUUGUAAUAUUAAUAAAAAAAUUGAAUUAAAUAUUACAUAAAGUUGAAAUAGAAGUGAUUGAUCUAUAAAUUUACAUUUAAACUAGUUUAAAAAGGGUAAG